AUGACAGCGCCGUUCUUCAAGCAGCAGGAAACCUCUGUAUACAAAAAGCAGCUUGAGGAGUACCUCAGCCGCAAGAAUAUCGACCAAUCGCUCAUCUUGGGGUUCACCAAUCUGCUCCAGUCGAAGCUCCAAUCAUGGAUUCUUGCUGAUUUUAACAGAUACUUCGACUGCGCCCAAGCAGGAGAAGAUGUGGACUUUGUCACCAUCAAGUACUUUGAGUUUUUGUGGUCCGAAAUUCAUUAUCCAAUAAUCAAGUUCUUUCAGUCGCAUCACGCUGAAUACUAUAAUCAAAAUUUGCAGGAGUUCAAAAAAUGCCAAAAUGAAAAGACCUCUUUCAAGUUGAAGUCGGUGGAAAUUCGCAAGAUUAACGAAGCUUUUUUGAAGGUGGUUCAGCAAUUCCGUUCUUUCUACAUGGCUCUCUUGAAGCAUUUUCUGACGCAUUUUAAGAACCCACUUCUUCCUCUGCACUUUCUUACCCAUUUUGGGUUUAUCGUGCCUUCAGCUGCCAUCGAUAGCACCAAUGCAAAUGUCCAAGCAAAUUUGACUUUUUUGAUUCAUAGGUGUUUGCUCUGUCUAGGCGAUUUGUCUCGGCAUCGUGCGUUUAACGAGAUUAACUACGUCUUACUGUGCUCGUCGCAGAAGAUGUUUCAAAAAUAUCGUCUAUAUAAGGCUAGGGACCAGAUGAAACAUAAGACUGCCAAAGACUUGCAACUCAUUAACGAGUGCAAGGAUCAGAGUUAUUCUGCGCAUGAACCGUCCAUGAAUUUUUACAAACUCUGCAUUAUGCUUUUGCCCACGCUCCACGAACCAUAUAAUCACAUUGGAAUGAUUCACAACAUAGUGGGCAACAAGGUGGAAGCAUGCUAUUGGUUUUUACGUUCACGUUUCACUCGUAUCCCAAACUACGAUUUGGGUUUAAAGAAUCUCGAAUCUAUUAUGGUCAAAAGUUGGUUUCAGGACCAAUUAGGUGACGCAUUUAAGAGCAAAUGGCAGGGCGGUGAUUUGCAUCUUACUUCUCAAAUAGUGCUACUCAAUUUGAUCGGGUAUCAUUACUUUCCUCAGAGAUAUCGUCAUGGUGAACUAUUGUAUGGCAACGAAACAUACGAUAAUGUGGAGCGUGAGUACUUGUCGUUUGAGUUUUCUCAGUCGCAUUUUCAGCAAUUGAUGUCAACGAGCAGUGAGUAUAUCAAUCAUUACGUACAUUCAUUACUGUUGCUCAUCAUGUUCAGCGAGUUGUUGAAUGAGAACAAUAACCAGAAGCUUUUCAGGCUUACCAAACUUUACAUCAGUGGCUUUCUUGCACUCGUUGAAAGUAUUGAUUUAAAGACGGAAGGGUUUGAAGGCUCUUUAGUAUUCUUGAGACUCGCUUUGGCGUAUAUCAAAGAAAACAAGCCAUUUGCAAAAUACUUUUUCCGUGACGCUGCUAUGGUCGUCUCCUUAUGUUCUCCCUUCAACGAGAUCUUGUCUAAAUGUGACUGGAUUCACGAAUCAGUGAGAACCAACCUGAAACCAACUCGUUCGUAUUAUUACACAGAGGAUGUUGUCUUCAAAGAUUUUCUGCCCAUCAAGUACCAGUUCAAAGAUUUCAAUGACGACGAUCUUUUUUCGAGUGGUUCAGUCGAUUUGUUAAUGGGCAAAACCGAGAUCACAGAGGAUGAACGGAUCGAAAAUACUAGUCAGCGUGCGCUCGCAGUUGUUCUACUUUGGAGAAAGUUGUUACAAAAGAGUAAAGCCGUCAAGUUCGACGAGUCUCAGUUACGGUUUGUUGCAUUGGAAGUGGUCCCUGAGAGCAAGAAGAGCAAGAAGAAAAUGGAGAAAGGUAAAGUGAAAGAUGUGAAGCAGAGUAAGCAACCUCAAGCUGGUAUCACCAUAGCCCGGAAACCAGUCAAGGUGCUUAAAAAGGUUCUGGGUCAGCCUGAGACAGGAGCUGAAAAUGUACAGCCUGUGCAAGCACCAAGAGCAAUUGAACCUACUAAAGGCAUCGAUGAUAUUGAAGCUGUGAUUCGUAACCACACCAACAUGUUGCAGAGCGAAAUAGCCGAGAAGGCACCUGUGGAAAAACGUGAGGAAACGAUGGACAAGAUGGUUAGCAAUUUGGUUGAAGAUUCGGAUGGGAAGUCUACUGACGCCAAAUCUACUGAUGGAAUUUCGACUUCCAGUGGACCUAUAAUGGCGACACCCCUCCAACCUCAUUCAGCCCCAGCUCCACAAUUUCCAACACCAGAAAUGGGGUAUAUUGGCGCUAUGCACCAGGGCCAUUUUCAGCAGCCUCUUCAGGCGCCUCUUCAGCAGCCUCUAACUGGACACGCAGUACCACAUCCCCAGCCAUAUUUCAACCCAUUUCCUGUCAAUAAUCCCCACGGAGUUCCGCCUCCUCCUCCACCGGGAUAUAUGCACGGACAAGUUCCUGGUCAAUUUCAGGGCCAGCCUCUAGCCAAUGGGAUGUAUGGACAAAAUGGCUAUUUUCAGAUGGCUGCGCCGUAUGGUUAUUCAUACCCCCCACCUCAGUGA